UCGUCCUCGACCACCCUGAUUAUAUGCUCGACUAGGGAUCAAUUCUUGAUCCGAUUGCUCGCUACCACUCGUCCAGCAAGGGGAGAGAACACCAGGCAUCACCAUCGACUCUAUGGCAAAACAAUCGAGCUGCUUUCUAGAUCUAGUCGGAUUAGAGUGUUGUUCUGCCCAACCUUGCAGAAUCUACGCGCUUGUCUAGCCGUGAUAGGAACCCAGCGUGUUAUUCAAGAGAACAAAAUGCUUUAUGAAAAGACCGAAGCACGGCCCCUUAUGGCGGUUCUUGAUCCGCUUUCCCUUCAUGUCCCAACCACGGAAUUUUCUGCGCAAGGUCUAUCCAGAACCUUCGCAGCUCUCGCAGAGACCUCCUUCAAAGCAGGCAUGAACCUGAUUCUGUGCGAAUGCCAGGAUUCAACGCCUCCUGAUUCCUCACUGUGGAAUAUGCAAGUACCCUUGCUCAAUAGUACUGUGCGGGUUUCUGAAGAAACAGCCCUCUUCAGACGAACUGUACCCGUAAAACGUGUCGCAGAACGUUGGUUCGAGUUC